UUGGAAAUUGCGUUUUGCGCAUUUAUUUUUACCCCUUCGCAAUGGCAGCACUCUGUAUUGCGUAAACGACUGUCAAAUCUGUGCGUUUAACGUAUUUUUGAUUCGAUAUCAAACUGGCAAGCGCAACGGACAAAAAAUGGAACAUUUUAAAAAUAAACAAACAAACCCAACACAGUUCGAAAUUUUAAUCAAUUACAUGAAAACACAUUCGGAACUUUCCAAAGGACAACUGAAAACUGUGGACGCGAAAAAUGCUGCAAAUAAUUUAUUUAAAGAGUUGGUAUGUGACCUUAAUGCUGCGGGGCCACCAUCGCGCGAUGUUUUAAAAUGGAAAAAGGUUUGGUCGGAUUAUAAAACUCAGUUGAAAGCAAAAAUGCGUCGGAAUAAAAUCAGUAUUUCUGGAACUGGUGGUGGUCCUCCAAGUCAUUGCUCCUUAACACCGUUGGAGGAGCAGGUUAGUGAGCUUCUGGCAAUCGAAAUAUCCGUCAGUGGAAUAAGCGGCACCUCACCAAGUGGGUCAGACAUUACAACCGACGAAUUCCGACAGAAUGAACCAACGCCAGUGGAUGAAAUGCCACAUUGUUCACGUCAGAGAGUCGCUCCGCAAAAGAAAGAUAGCCUUUUAAAUAAGCAGGUGGAUAACCAAAUCGCUUACCACAAAGAACUAAAAAAGCAAAUGCUAGAAAUUGAACGGCCCGCCGAAUAA